GAAACAAAAAGCAAACACAUCUACAUAAAAGAAACAAUUAACAACGUGAUAUAUAUAAAUAAAUACAUAUAUAUAUCACAACAAUAAACAAAAACGCCGCUGUGCGUUCAGAUCCAGCUACCCGCUUCGCACCACAGCACCACCGCAACACCGCAACACCCGAAAUCGAUACGAGACUGAGACGCGAAAUGGCAACGCGAGGCGACGCCAGUCAUCUGGCAGUCAUCUGCAGCUUGCUGGUGUUUAUCUCAAUCUCGGUCACUCUUUGCUCAGCCGGCACUCUAAACGCUCGUCCCGCAUUUCCUGUGCAAACCGGUCAGAUACAACCAUCGAGUGGUAACAGCAAACAGCCAGGUCGACGCAUUAUGCAUCCAGCUUUUGCCAAUGCCGGCCGCGCUCCCGGUCUCGAGAUCUGGCGCAUCGAGAAUUUUGAGCCCGUACCAUAUCCAAAGAACAAUUAUGGCAAAUUCUUCACAGGCGAUUCAUUUAUUAUUCUCAACACCAUUGAAAGCAAGAACGAAAAUAAGCUUAUCUGGGAUGUUCAUUUCUGGCUGGGUUCGGAGACUUCCACCGAUGAGGCAGGUGCUGCGGCUAUUCUGACCGUGCAAUUGGACGAUAUCCUCAAUGGAGGCCCUGUGCAGCAUCGUGAGGUGCAGGAUCAUGAAUCUCAGUUGUUCCUUGGCUACUUCAAGAAUGGUGUACGCUAUGAACAGGGCGGCGUUGGCACCGGAUUCAAGCACGUGGAGACCAAUGCCCAGGGCGAGAAGCGUCUAUUCCAGGUCAAGGGCAAGCGUAAUGUACGUGUGCGCCAGGUUAAUCUCUCAGUGUCAUCGAUGAACAAGGGCGACUGCUUUAUUUUGGAUGCUGGCAAUGAUAUCUAUGUUUAUGUGGGAGCUCAGGCGAAGCGUGUUGAGAAGUUGAAGGCAACCAGCGCUGCUACACAGAUUCGAGAUCAGGAUCAUAAUGGACGUGCACGUGUUCAAAUCAUUGAUGAAUUCAGCAGCGAUGCCGAUAAGCAGCAAUUCUUCACUGUGCUGGGUUCCGGCUCCGCUGACCAAGUGCCCGAGGAAUCAUCGGCCGAUGAGGAUGGUGCCUUUGAACGCACCGAUGCCGCUGCUGUGACUCUCUACAAGAUUUCCGAUGCCAGCGGUAAAUUGAAGGUGGAUACCAUUGCCCAGAAGCCAUUGAGCCAGUCCAUGCUCGAUACCAACGAUUGCUUUAUUCUGGACACUGGCUCCGGCAUUUUUGUCUGGGUUGGACGUGGCGCCAAUCAAAAGGAGAAAACCGAUGCCAUGUCCAAGGCACAGGAGUUCUUGCGUACUAAGAAAUAUCCCGCCUGGACACAGAUUCAUCGCAUCGUUGAGGGCGCAGAGUCGGCGCCAUUCAAGCAAUACUUUGAUACAUGGCGUGAUGCUGGCAUGGCACACACUCGUCUCAUACGCUCCGCAUUGGAUAUGGGCUCGGAUGAAUCUCUGGAUGUGGACGAGAUCGAUUCUGUUGUGCAUCAGCUGAAGAAGAGCGGCGGUCGUGCCAUUGGCUUCAUGCCCGAUCAUGGCCAGAACACCGUUUCGGAGAUCACACAGUAUGUGAGCAAGCCCGAUAGCGACGAGGUGCUGAAGAACACCGUUCCCUUCGAGGAGAAUCUGCCUUUGCUGGGCUUCGGCUCUUAUGUGCUCACCUACAAGUACGAGGCCAACAACGGCGACACUGGCGACAUUGUCUAUGUCUGGCAGGGCGCCAAGGCCAGCGAUGCGGUUAAGGAGCGGGCUUUCGAGGACGGCAUGGCCUUGGCCGUGGAAACGAAUGCUUUGCUUGUGCGCACUCUGCAGGGUCACGAGCCCCGACACUUCUACAAGAUCUUCAAGGGCAAAUUUUUGUCCUCCUACACUGCUCUUCCGAUCUCUGCCCAACUCUUCCGUGUCCAUGGCACCGUGGAGAGUGACAUCCAUGCCAGCGAAGUGCCCGCCGACAGUUCAUCGUUGGCCUCCGGCGAUGUCUUUGUUCUGACCUCGACCAAGACGCACAAGGUGUACAUUUGGCAUGGUCUUGGUGCUUCCGCUUUCGAGAAGGAAGCGGCCAAGGAACGCUUUGCCGGUUACUGGAACGAUGCUGAGCUUGAAGUCAUUGAGGAGGGAGCUGAGCCGGAUGAGUUCUGGGAUGAAUUGAGCGGCGAGGGACAGUAUGAUCGCAGUCUGCAGGAACGUUUGGCGCCUUUGUUGGAGCCACGUCUCUUCCACUGCCGUUUGACACGCGCUGGACACGUCAAGAUCGAAGAGGUUGCCCAAUACCAACAAGUGGAUCUCGAUACUGAUGAUAUCAUGCUGCUGGAUGCCGGCGAUGAAAUCUAUAUGUGGGUUGGCUCUGGAGCCACUGCCGACGAGAAUGCCAAGAUUCUAGAUAUGGUCAAGCGAUACAUCAAGUUGGAGCCCACAAGCCGUACCAUGGAAACCGUGACCAUUGUACGUGUCAGCCAGGGUCAGGAGCCUUCUGUCUUCAAGCGCAUGUUCCCCAGCUGGAACUACAACUAUUGGCAGACUCUGCCUUCUUAUGAGGACAUCAGACGUCAGGUUAUGGAUGCUAACAAUGAGGUCUAAUCCGUGCACACAAUCCUAGAAUACUCAGCAAAAUUGACCAAAAAUUUAUGUUCGUUUUUGCCUCAGAAAACAUACAAAACUAAAACAAUAUAAAUGUAAUUUUAUUGUAUAUUAAAUGGAAAUGUUUUUUAUGGAACUUUUAAUAACACGUCUAUGAAAUUUGUUAAAA